UAAAUUCUAAACGGGGCGCAACCCCGAAGAAAGGAUGGCCAUCUUCACCGUCUGCCUAAGGAGAUGAGGAAGAGCCCACCUUAGCAGCCUCCUGGUCCUUGACCCGGGCGGUGCUUGGGGGAGGGGCAAAGACAAGGUAUUCCCCACCCCCCGCCUCCGACCUCCAAGCCUCCCUUACUGUCCGCCUCCCGUUCCUACAUCCAGACUCUCCCCGCCCCGAGCGCGCGGCCAUGGCCAGGCUGCCCCCGUCGAUGCGCAAGCGGUUGUACAGCCUCCCGCCACAGAUCGCCCCCAAAGCGUCGAUCAUGGACGAGGAGGACGAAGAGGCAGGAGGCGGCGGCAACGGCAACGGAGGCUGCGGCGACAAGGACGCCCGUCGCAAGAGCAUUAAGCUGAAGCCGUUGCCGUCGGCGGCGCCAGGGGGCGCUCGCGGGUACGGGGCAGGAGAGCCGUCGAGGCUUGGCGGUGGGGAUGCCGGGGGAGGCCUCGUGGACAUCGGUGAGGCUGGCGCCGCUGCUGGUUCCGCGUCGGGGGGCAGCGGCUGCCGGAUAAGCGCCAAGAGCAGCACCAACGGGGACUGCCGGCGCUUCAAGGGGAGCCUCUCGUCCCUCACCAGCCGCCAGCCGCACGACUCGGGCGAGGAGCGCCGGCUGAUCGGCAGCGAGGGAGAAGCGGCGUCCCCCGGCGAGGAGCGGAGCCCCCCGGGUCUUUCCGAGACCGAGCAAGGACCCCCCGCGUCUAUCCCGGCGGCGGGGGCGGCGGCCUCCUCCUCUUCCUCUCCCCGGGACGCGCCGCCUCAACCCUCCGCCUUCAUCAAAGUCGAAGGGGGUGGGGGUCCUGAAGGAGCGGGAGGAGGAGGAGAAGGAGAAGGGGGCGACCAGAUCUCCGCGGACGACGAGCAAAGGCUGGACCAGGCCGGCUUUAUGCAGAGACAGUUCGGGGCCAUGCUGCAACCGGGGGUCAACAAAUUCUCCUUGAGGAUGUUUGGCAGCCAAAAGGCCGUGGAGAGAGAGCAGGAAAGGGUUAAGUCCGCCGGCUUCUGGAUCAUCCACCCUUACAGCGAUUUCAGGUUUUACUGGGACUUGACGAUGCUGCUCCUGAUGGUGGGGAAUCUGAUCAUCAUUCCGGUGGGCAUCACCUUCUUCAAGGAUGAGAACACCACCCCCUGGAUUGUUUUCAACGUGGUCUCGGAUACCUUCUUCCUCAUCGACCUGGUCCUCAAUUUCCGCACGGGGAUUGUGGUGGAAGACAACACGGAGAUUAUCCUUGACCCGCAGAGGAUUAAGAUGAAGUACCUCAAGAGCUGGUUUGUGGUGGAUUUUAUCUCCUCCAUUCCGGUGGACUAUAUUUUCCUGAUCGUGGAAACACGCAUUGAUUCAGAGGUUUACAAGACGGCCCGAGCCCUGCGGAUUGUGCGCUUCACCAAAAUCCUCAGCCUGUUGCGGCUUCUGAGGCUUUCCAGGCUCAUACGCUACAUCCAUCAGUGGGAGGAGAUCUUCCACAUGACCUAUGACCUGGCAAGUGCUGUGGUGCGGAUUGUGAACUUGAUUGGCAUGAUGCUGCUGCUGUGUCACUGGGAUGGCUGCCUCCAGUUCCUGGUUCCCAUGCUCCAGGACUUCCCUGAUGACUGUUGGGUCUCAUUGAAUCGCAUGGUGAAUGACUCCUGGGGAAAGCAGUAUUCCUAUGCGCUGUUCAAGGCCAUGAGCCACAUGCUGUGCAUCGGCUACGGGCAGCAAGCCCCAGUGGGCAUGUCCGACGUAUGGCUCACUAUGCUGAGCAUGAUCGUCGGGGCCACCUGCUAUGCCAUGUUCAUCGGCCACGCCACAGCCCUCAUCCAGUCUUUGGAUUCCUCGCGUCGACAGUAUCAGGAGAAGUACAAGCAAGUGGAGCAGUACAUGUCCUUUCACAAGCUUCCGGCUGAGAUGCGCCAGAGGAUCCACGACUACUACGAACACCGCUACCAGGGCAAAAUGUUUGAUGAGGAGAGCAUCCUGGGAGAACUGAGCGAGCCCCUGAGGGAGGAGAUCAUCAACUUCAAUUGCCGAAAACUUGUGGCUUCCAUGCCUCUGUUUGCCAACGCGGACCCCAAUUUUGUAACAUCCAUGCUUACCAAGCUGCGUUUCGAAGUGUUCCAGCCGGGCGACUACAUCAUCCGGGAGGGGACAAUUGGGAAGAAGAUGUAUUUUAUCCAGCAUGGGGUAGUGAGCGUCCUCACCAAAGGCAACAAGGAGACUAAGCUAGCUGAUGGAUCCUACUUUGGAGAAAUUUGCCUGCUGACUCAUGGCCGGCGCACAGCAAGUGUGAGAGCCGACACUUACUGCCGUCUGUACUCCCUCUCAGUGGACAACUUUAAUGAGGUGCUGGAGGAGUAUCCCAUGAUGAGAAGGGCGUUUGAAACUGUUGCACUGGAUAGGCUGGACAGAAUUGGAAAGAAGAACUCCAUCCUCCUCCAUAAAGUCCAGCACGACCUUAACUCGGGGGUCUUCAACUACCAGGAGAACGAGAUCAUCCAGCAAAUCGUGCAACACGACAGAGAGAUGGCCCACUGCGCACAUAAUAUCCAAGCCGCUGCCGCUGCCGCAUCAACACCCACGCCAGUUAUCUGGACGCCACUUAUCCAGGCCCCUCUGCAAGCUGCAGCAGCCACCACAUCAGUAGCAAUAGCUCUUACCCACCACCCUCGCCUCCCAACAACCACUUUCCGCCCUCCUGUCUCUGUUUUGGGCUCUCUGGGGCAAGCACCAAACCAGACUCCAAGGCAGCUACGAAGACUCCAUUCCUUGGUGUCUUCAGCUGGACCUUCCAUCGUGGGCUCCCCUUCCAGCACACCAUCCCAGCAACACACCCCGGGAGCAGAAACCCUUUCAUCGCCGUCCUUCCAGAUCCAGCAGCUGGCUGGGUUCACAGCCUCGGCUGGCUUAGGCCAGUUCCACCGGGCCUCCACUGGUUCUCCAUCAGCCGGCUCCGCACAGCAGCCCUUGGGGAGCCCGUCGUCCGCAGUACUGAGCCCUCUGCAGCAGGGGGCUGUAGAGUCCCUGGAAGGGCCAGCUCAGCAACAGGCUACUGACAACAACCUCACAAGUGGUUUUGGCCCUUUCCAGAAGGCCCCUGCCAGCUCGCCGUCUGCCGCCACUGCCACCUUCCCCCAGCUGUCCUCCAAUUUGCCCGGCAGCCCCCUCAGCCACUGGCAAGCCACUUGCAGCAACAAGCCCUUCCAGACGGGCCAGUCCCAGCCACUCUCAGGAACUGGGGCACUGGGAGGGAUGAACCACUUUCACUUGUCUCCCUCCUCCAGCUUGAGCCAGCUGGCACAGGCCUCUGGAGGCUCCCUGUUGGCCUUGUGCCAAACCCAGCCAAGUGCAUUAGGACCUUCCACUUCGCCUGCAACUGUAGCUCAGUUGCACCACGAACGGUCACCCUUUGCCUCUAUGUCUCCAUUGAAACAGCCCACCAGUGCCCCUCCUCUGUACCCACCUUCAGGCCUUAGCCCUCCUAGUCAAAGCGCUGCAGCCAGGACUUUCCAGUGCGGCCCUUCCGGGGCAAUGGGCUCCCAUGGAUCUCUGUUGAUGCCUCAGACCUCUAGCCCACCUCUACAGGCCCUUCAACGCAGGAGUACACCGCCACCACCGCCGCCACCGGUUCCACCGGGACGGUUAACCCAGGACCUCAAGUUGAUUUCUGCUUCUCAGCCAUCUCUGCCCCAUGAAGUGGCUCAGACUUUAAGCCAAGGCUCUCCCCACUCCUCUAGAGAGUCGCUCUCUAGCUUCUCAUCUUUCUCUGGAGGAGGAGGGACCAGACCUCUAGGGAAGCCAUAUAGCUUUGUACCAGGGCAAGUGACUCUACCACGGCAGAUGUCCUCAGGUUCGCUGCCUCAGCCAACCAUGUAUGAGGCCAGUUGCGCUAUUCCCCCAUCUCUGACUGCAGCUGAAGGGAGGAAAGGCUCUAUAGGGCUCACGGGGGAACGAGAACCCAUUCCAUCUAAACUGCCCUCCAAUUUGUAAGAUGCUCUUCGCCCCCCCGUUCCGAGGAGCCAUUUUAUUUCAUUUGAGCUUUUCAGAUCCCAAUAGACUUUUACACGGUUCCCAUUUCCUUCCUUUCUUUUCUUCAAGCUAACUAUGAUUAUAGAAGUUUUUAAAAAAUAAUAACACCAACAACAAAGAUAACCAGGUAUUCCUAGAGCUAUAGAUUUUCAGCCACUUUCUUUUAUAGAGUAUUUUGCUACAUGAAGCAAAAGUUGGGGGGAAAAGGUAUGUAAUCAAUACGUGGUAAUAAUAAUCCAGAGGUGAAAUGCACGGCUAAUACAAAGGAUCAGCCAUAGAGUUGAGAAAAUUGGCUCCCUGUGGAGAAAGACAGGUCUUGCUUAGGUAGGUGCCAGGAAUCCAGGGGCCACGUCUCCAUGGAUAAGAUCUGGAAAGAUCCACUGUUGACAUGCCAUAUGUCCAGUUAGACCUGGAAAGAUAUGCAUGUAAAAAAAAAAGGAGGGGGGUGUUGAAAUUUGUUGAAUGAAACAUUGAAUGAAA